GUCAAUAAAUAUUGAACGUGUUCAGGCCCCUAAACCUCCUUAGAAAUAUCACUGAACUGCCCGUCGAGCUGCCUAAGAUCUUUGUCGUAUUUGUUUUGUGUUUACACUUCAGUGUUUUGGUGAGAGUAGUAAGUGGGGGAGGGAUGCGUGACUUACGUCAGUUGCAAAACCCCACACAUACUAAUUUCAGUUUUCGGGUGGCGCGCAGUGUUUCUGAGUUUUGAGUCAUGGACUGGAGAGUCCCAUAUAAUCACGUGCCAGGAGACCCACAGUCAGCACCAUUUCCAGAGCAAGGCACAAUACGUCCCUCACGUGUGCGCAGGUCAAGAGGACGUAAAAGUCGUCAGAAGCUAAAAGCAAGAAAGUUGCAAGAACACCUACUUAAGGAGGAAAUGUAUCAAAGCCGGGUGCUUACCCAAGUCCAAGUCAUCCCAGAGCCGACUGUGGAGAGUGGGCCACUGCUAUACGAUACCACAGCCCCAGUCCAAGCAGGACAACAUGUGGUGCAGCAGCAGCAGCAGCAGGAGCUACCACCACCGAUGGUGCAGCAACCUGUGGCGCAGCCGCCCGUGGCGCAACCGCCCUUGGUGCAACAGAGCCACUACCAGUCCCUGACAACAGGUGCCGCGCCAGCCCAGGCAGUACCACAAGUGUCGGACGUGCACACAAAGGAGGGAAUUUCAGAAGAUUUCUUGGAACUGAAUAGCUCAAAUGCAGCAACGAUAGUGGCACUUAAUAGUGAUAUUCUCCUAGGAGGUUCUGCCAGCCAGUGGCAUCAAAUCACUAUCAAAACUCCUGUUCAAGGAAGCAAGAGAAAAUAUGUCCUCAUGGCCAUUAACAGAAGAAUAUCGCCGCUGAAAAUUAAUCCGUAUUUUUUUCGUAUGGAAAAUAACCGCAUAACGUUCUUUGUGAACAUGUGUAGUUUGGCAUUGAAAACACUUUGCAGGCAAGACCUUAAAGUGCCGUACAUCUCCGACAAAUUUGUGGAGAUUGAAAUGACGAUCAAACUGUUUAGUAAAAAUUUCAACCUAUCAGAAGCCCUGAAAGAAAUUAUUUCCAGAAGGCUGGACAGUCAGAAAAAGUUCUUGGAUCUCUCUUGUAUAAAUGAUAUUCCUGAGGUCCAGGAAAUGCUGUACGACCCAACUGAGAACUGGCACAUCCUGGACCAGAUGCUGAGGGUCGCAGAGGUCGCGGCACCCGGGCUCAUAGCCCUUGGGCUCGCAGGGAACGGGAUCACUUCACUGACUGCCCUGUGGGAGUUGCUGGCCCAUACCAAGUGGAAGUCUCUGCGAACUCUGGAUUUGUCGGACAAUAAGAUAAAGAGCACUGGUACAGUUUCACUACCUCGCACUUUGCAAAUCUCGGAAGUAUACUUGGAUCAUAAUCCGAUAUGUCAAAUGCAUAACAAGAGUCCCUAUAUUAGUGCCAUCAAGGCGACCUUUCCCCGUCUUGCAAAAUUGGAUGGGACUUACCUACACACCUCAGCAUGCAUACCUUACUGGAAGCCGAAUUUCAUUGUGAAUGGUGCUGGUGAUCUGGGUGAAUUUGCUGACCAGUUCAUCGAGCACUUUUUCACACUCUAUGAUGACAGUGAUCGAAUGAAACUCCGUGGAUUGUACCACAAGAAUGCUUACUUCUCAUUGAGCUGUUUGUGUUUGGAUGCACAAAUGACAACUCCAAAUGCAAGAUUGUCUGCUUACUUGGGUGAGUCCCGAAAUCUGUUACGUUGCUCCAACAUGAAGAACGUGAGGACUGCACUAACGCAAGGCUCAGAGGAGAUCCUCGAAAGAUUAUCAAACCUACCCAAUACACAGCAUGAUCCCUGCACCUUCGCUGUGGAUCUUACAGUGCACACGCCAAAGUUCACCAUACUGACAGUAACAGGUGUGUUCCGUGACAUGACCAAGGAGAAAAGUUCUCACAGACAUUUCUCACGCACUUUUGUCCUUAAGGGUCAAGAAAAUGAAGAAUAUCAAAUUACUAAUGAUAUCUUGUAUAUCUCAAAUGCAAGUACACGAGAGGCAGAGGAGGCAUUCAGGUUUGUAAGACCAUCUAGAAAAAUAAAGAAAAACCGAUUGAUGCCUAAUUUGUCAGAAUGUGAGAAGGAGUCCAUGGCCGAAAUGGUUCAGCAACUGACUAGUAUGUCAGCUCCAUGGUCACGAAAAUGCCUGGAGGAUACUGAUUGGGAUUUGAAGGAAGCCCUCGAAAUUUUUGUGGAACUUUAUGAGACGAGCAAAAUUCCAAAAUCGGCAUUCGUCAACUCAAUAUAAGACAGUAAAGUUACUCAGCUCUACAAAAACAAUCAAGUGCUAUGUGCAUGUGUUGUUGACUAUACAACGAAAGCAAGUACAUGUGAAAAAACAUUGUUGUGACUGUGAGUGUGUGUGUAUUUCGAGGUAUGCAGAAGUUUGGGUGUUGGGUGGCAGUUAUGUGUGGCAUACACACUCUAAAUACAACCAUUCCAGUGUGGGUUAUACACUAAGCUGUCUGUAUGCUUGUAAUUUUCAGUAAUGGGUAAAUUAGGAGGAAAAGGUGGACACUUGGUCUGUAAAGGUGAGUCCUUAAGCUACAACUAUUUAGGAAAACGUAAUUUCACAAUUCUGGUAUAUAAUGUGGAUGUGGCAAGUGUUAGUGUGAACAUUGAUUGGUUUUUUUACUCACAUUCAUAGUAUAUGAAUGUGUGUGUAACAUAUUCCAGUGCUCUCAUCUCAAGUUCGUAAGAAUAUAUUUGGGAAAUCCUUUAAAAAAAAACUUGAUUUCCCAGUUUUUUGAGUUA